AUGCGAAGUGCUGAGUCAGCGAAAACACCACACACAAAGGGGAAAGGAGAGAAGCACACCAAGAACAACAUCAUCAGCACAGCACGUGGACCACCAACAAUGGGGCGCAAGGGCGGCAAUGCGAAGAAGAGCCAGAAGCAUCAGAACAGGGUGGCCUACAAGGCAGCCAAGUAUGGCGAGUCGAAGCGAAUGAAGGAGGUCCGAACAGCCCAAACAUCAAACGUGUGCCCACGCUGCUACGAGAAGAUUGAAUGGCGGAAACAGUUUGGCAAAUACAAGCCCCGAACCACCCUCGGCCGCUGCAACUUGUGCCACGAAAAGGCAGUCAAGAUCGCGUAUCACACCGUGUGUGGACCCUGUGCAAAGAAGAACGACGUGUGCGCCAAGUGUGGCAAACGCGAGGAAGACAUCGUGCCAGAGGGUCCCUCAAAGGAUGAACUGCUCAAGCAGGAAACAGAUGAACAACGGAUGCUCUUCAACAUGCGCGAGCGCGAGAGAAGAACAUACUUCCGCCAGCAAGAGCAGGCCAUGCGGGAAGAAGAACAGGCAGCGAGGGCCAGGCGACGGGCAGAGGCGGAGGCACAGGCACAGGCGGAGGCAGAGAGCGGUGCAGAUGAGGUGGGUGACUUGGGCACCAUCGAGGAAGAGGAAGGCACUGAGGGGGGUGCGAAUGAGGACGGCGAUGACGACCACCUUGCCAGCGACCUCCAGUCCAAGGCGGUUGUGGCUGACGGUGGUGACCAGGACGUGGCCGAGGACGAUGGCGACUCAGACUGGGAAGACAUUGACGACGACGACGAUGGUGAUGGUGAUGAUGAUGAUGAUGAUGAUGAUGAUGAUGAGGCAGACCUAUUCGACUAG